CAAAACAAUCUGCCCGCCCUGGCCCGUCCCAGUCCAUUCGCCGAUCUCGUGUUACAAAUCUACUCUUGUUUUUGAUGUAGUACGUUCUUUCGCAGACUAAACUGCGAGCUCAAGAUUUUGCAACUCACGAGCCACCUGUUCUAGCUUCUCGUCAAAACCAGGAAAUAUAUAGUUAUUGUUUGGGAUUAAGUCGUUUCGACUUCAAAUUCAACUCAAUGGCGGAUGAGGAUGUUGUUGAUCCGAAGAAGUAUCUUGAAGAUGCUUGCAAGCCUAAAUGUGUGAAGCCUUUAAUUGAAUAUGAGGCCUGUAAAAAGAGGAUUGAAAGCGAUCUCAGUGGUCACAAGCACUGUACUGGACAGUACUUUGACUACUUGUGGUGUAUUGAUAAAUGCGUCGCACCCAAACUGCUUGCAAAACUGAAGUGAUUAACGGGUUGCUAGGGCCAUCUCAUUUGUUUUCUUUUAAUUCUUGGCACUGUCAGCACUAUGGCACAAUGCUUUAUUGGGUCAUUCUGCACCCAAAAACUAUAUCUAUUUUGACUUCUGCUGCGGUUUCUUAGGGUCUUUUCCUUCUGAACUGAAUCUUUUUGAUCUGCAAUAAGAGUAAACUUUUUACUGCUA